GAGUGAUGACUGAACGAAAAGUGCUGAACAAAUACUACCCGCCCGACUACGACUACAGAAGAAUCCCGAGACUGAAAAGGGAGCGAAACGCGCAAUGGGUGCAGCGAGUCAUGGCUCCAUUCAACAUGCGAUGCAACACGUGUGGACAUUACAUAUACAGGGGCACGAAGUUCAACGCCAGACGUGAAACGGCGAUGGGUGAGACUUAUUUGGGCCUGAAGAUCUUCAGAUUCUACAUUCGGUGUCCAAUGUGUUGUGGAGACAUAUCGUUCAAAACUGACAUCGAGAAUCUAGACUAUGCUAUCGAGACAGGUGCAACCAGGAAUUUCGAAGCUGCCAAGUUGAUCGCGGCUGAGGACAAGCGCAAACAGGAAGAAGUCGCGGCUGAAGAGGCUAACAACCCUAUGGCAGUGCUUGAGAAUCGAACCCGGGACUCGAGACGAGAGAUGGAGAUCAUGGAAAACCUGGAGGAGCUGAAAGAGCGGGCGGACAGCAAUGCGACAACGGACUUGAAUGACCUUAUAGGUAACAGUCUAGCCAAACAGCAGCAGUUGUUGUCACAGAUUCUACUCAAGCAGGAGGAAGACGACGAAGCUUUUAUCAGUUCCCUUUAUGAGCAAACGAGUGACGGAACACGCAUUAAGCGAAUAAACACAUCUAUCUACGAAGCAGAAGUUGACUUGGACGAUUGCGACGCUCUUCCCAAUCUGCUAAGUGCCCCUUCGUGUAGCAAAGCAUCCACGGAUAUUUUGUCUGCAGAUGACGAAGAACCAAGUUGCAAAGUGAUCAAAAAAGACAGCAAACAAUCCAGUAAAACAUCGAAAAGUUCCUUAAGUGGACUUGUCAAGGUGAAAACGAAAAAAACUGAUGCGAGUAUUAAAGUGACGCCAAGUUGUAAAUUGGACAAUGUCGCGAAUCACACUAAACCAUGCGAGAUAUCUGUUAAACCGGUCGAGUUUAGUCAAAUAGACAAGGAAUUGGAUAAAUCGGAUGCUCGUUUGAAACCUGAAACAGAUGUUAGGGAUGUAGAAAGUAAAGAAUCUUUUGAAGCAAAUGGCAAAUCGGAUUCCAAAGCAAUAACUGAUGGCAAAGUGGCCGCUAAACCUGCAUGUUCACUGAUGCAAAUUCCUUCCUCAAGUGAAAUUCCUUCUUCAGUGGCUCCUAGUUCUUUGUUAUCAUUAGGAGCCUACAGUGACUCUUCUAAUAGUGAUGAUGGAGAUGGAUGAGUUUAAAACCAUGAACGUUGUGAUUGUGUUUUAUAAAUUACAUGGAAGUAAAGUGUUAAUUGAUUUU